AUGCCUGUGGCCUUGGUGCUCCACGAACUUGUCGCGAAGCGCCUCACCGCGCCCUUUGCCAUUAAAAAAGAAGCUGAGCUGCACGAUAACGGCCAGCCACACGUCGUCUGGCCGCGGGGUCUGGUGCGGCAAAGGGUGGACGCCAUCAGGGCGGGGUGGAUUGCCGCUCAAGAGGAGCCCCGAUCCUUACAGAAGCAACAUCACGAUGUGACAGGUGUUGUUUGA